UGUUGCUUAAGGUCUACCUACACCUGUUGUAUUCAGCGCAUGUGACAAAUUAAAUUUGAUUUGAUUUUGUUGUACAUAACAUAGCACACCUCAUCUUUCCCAGUUGAAGUUAACCCAGCCUUACCUAUUGUCCUUUUCAUCUCUGCCAUGGUAAAUGGUGCAUUCAAUGCAUCCUUUACAUCCUCCCUCAUAUCCAGCACUCCAGGAUAUUCCUCUCUUGUUCUCUCUCUCUCCCCAUCCUCUGACAAAUUUGCCAAGCUAAAUGGAAACUCCUCUGGAAAGCAUGGAGCUUAUUAGGCUACAGAUUAAAUAAAUUAUGAACUUCACAUGGUGGUGAAUGUGCAAGAUACUCCUUUCCAAUAAAUAUCGAGGAUCUUAUUCUGGUGACAUGAUUGAUGCUUGGCUGCCGUUUGACAAAUAAUAUCGCUCUUAUCCAUAAUAAUCUCAUAAUGUAGAUAGCCAACCUCCACUGUGUGUGCGAGCUGUUAGCUAGAGCGCAUGUGCCAAGACCAGAGUGGGCACAUUUGCUAUCUUAACAGUUGUGACAAAACCAUCAGUAGAGUUGAAAAUGUGAUGGAAACGCAUUUAACUUGUAUUUACUUGUAUUCGGUACAUGGGACUUUAACAGCAAAAGUUAUUUUUUCAUCUGCAAACAGACUGAUGGAAACGUAUCGCCGGUGGGAAAAUGCGCACAUUGUUUCUUGCAGAUUGUAUAUUCGUAAUGAAAAUCUGUCUCAAAUUGAAUGGAAACCUACCUAAUGUCUAGGAGUGCAGUGAUGCGUAACAUAUUUUGGAAUGCUGUUCCUUUCAUUCAAGGUUUACAAAUGCUAUCAUCUAAUUUCCCAUCAAUCUUUCUCGGCCGAUCCAAGUAAAUUAAGGACUUUCUGGUCUCAGUGAAGCAUGGUCGGGAAUGUCUUCCUGCCUAGCUGGUAGACUGCCAGAAGUCUUAAAGCGAUGUCACCUUGUGUAUCUGGAGAGAAGAAUGUUUAGUGAAUAACUUGAUUGUUUCAGGCAAAACAAAUGAAUGAGCAUCUGACGCACCACUAGCUGGGUAUUUUCAAACUAGAUUUGCACUUCGAAGAGAAGAUCUUGGGCCUGCUUCUCUUGGUUGGCGAAGCAAAGUUUUUUUUUUUUUUUUCCUUGAAGAUCGCUACUACUUAUGAAUGGACGGAAUAGCAGCGGAAUAGCUAGAUAGCUAGCUUCUUUACAAUGAUGUAAAGACAUGCACUACAGGAUGCCAAAUCUUUCCAGCGGAUGAGUUUUAGUUAGCCUCCAUCAUGGAGGUUCUAGCGAAUGCAGCUGUAGCUGAGCUCUGUAAACUCGUAGACGACGACUAUGCAGUGUUUCGUUUGGAAAUAACGCAAAGCCAGAAAGAAAACAGGGUUUUGCGAAGGAAACUCCUGGAACUGAAGGUGGCAAGGGAGCGCGCAGAGAGGACAACGCGAGAGCGCGUCCUCGCCAGUCGUGUCAAGAUCCCCGACCGACACAGAGAAAUGUCAAGAGUCACUGUCUCAGUUGAAGGACGUCUCACUGGAGGGCACAGGAGCUUUGUGAAGCCAGCGAGACACAAUACAUGGAGAGAUGACCAACCAAUCACUGUUGAGGGGAGUGGAACCUCAACCCAGCACGUUAUCGUAAUAGAGCCUGCAGAUGCAGAGGCUGCAGGUCCUGGGGUCAAGCAGGAGAGGUCUGAAGGAGAGAAGGACCCACAGCACAGCAGAGCCAUCCAGACUGGAACGCCCCCUGUAAGCAUAGAGGACCCCACCAGUGCCCCAACGUCUCCCAGGAACCGACCCAGCGUCAGGGAGGUCAGCGGAACGCAGAACGCCGUCCUCAAGUCAGAGACCGACACCAAGACUUUAAAUUUAACACACAGGCUCUUAGACACAGGUUCUGACCACAGAUCAGACCCAGGGAGACUGGGCUGUCCUCCUGCUCCCGGUUCAGAGUACUUACCGGUAUUUCACCAGAGCCAGAGGAUGGUUCAUUGCCGUGGAGAUGACUCGAUAGACACUAGUGGUGAUGAUCCGUCUUGUUCUUACACUACAGAGAUGGACCCUGGCAACAUGACCUUGGGUUUAGAGACACAGACUGAUCUGUCUAGAGGGGACUGGAACCGGUAUAGUAGUAGUGUAUACUCUGAAGGGUGCCUAGCUAAGAAAGGGGAGGUUAUAGUGAUAGAUGAGGUGAAAGUGGAGGGUGUCGUUCCUCCCACAUGGAUUGCAGAUAGUCACCUAGGAAACAGACACUCACAAGGCAGAGAUUUCUUAUAUUACAGGGAAAGCUUAGAGACACAUCCAAAUGUUGAGACCCACUCCCCUACACACACAUUCAGGGAAUGCGACUCAGUGUCCACGUCGAUGAGUCCUUCCGAUUCACAGGUAUUGAACUCAAAGGACCAAAGGGCCACGGCUCGGGGAGCAACAUCAGGCAAUAGUAAAGAGAAACGGUUCCUCUGCAUGUUCUGUAACAAAGGCUUCAGCUGCUCCCAGAAUGUGGAGAUCCACCAGAGGAUCCACACAGGAGAGAAACCCUACAGCUGCCCCCAGUGUAACGUGUGCUUUGCUCAGUCUGGCAGCCUGAAGAGGCACCAAAGGGUCCACACAGGGGAGAAACCCUACAGCUGCCCACAGUGCGAGAAGAGGUUCUCCCGCCAACACCUGUUGAAGACUCACCUGAAGAUCCACACAGGAGAGAGGCCAUAGCGCCUGUACGCACUGCAGGAAGAGAUUCUCAGAGAGGAGCUACGUCAGGAUACACCACCAGAAAAAACAUUCCAACUCUAUAACAUAGAAAGUUUGUUUAGAUCAAACCCUGCAAUGAAGGUAGACUCAGCGAGAUGACUUAGAUGCACAAAGUAAACAGCAGUAGUGGGUCAAUUUCUACAACAACUAAGAGCGUUGAAGCACAAGGCUAAAUUUCUGAUGUUUUGGUCCUGCGGCUACCACGUUGUAGCAGCGUGAAGCGAACUCGUGUACAUGCGUGUAGAUACUGUGUGACUGUGUGAAAGCAAAGUCUAGCAUCACGCUCAUCACAAUAUCUGGGGUUCUGCUCGUGGCAACCUCAUAACGCUGAGUCUUCCUUUAAAGAAAAAGGUUCACUUUCAUUGUUGUCAGAAUAACAUUUCAGUGUUGCAUAUUCCUGGGUAGAAUAUUGCAUUUAGGCAUUGUGUGAUACACAUAAUUACAUUGCCUUCAGAAAGUAUUCACACCAGUUGACUUUUUCCUCAUUUUGUUGUGUUACUGGCCUACACACAAUAUCCCAUGAUGUCAAAGUGGAAUUAUGUUUUUAGACAUUUUUACAAAUUAAUAAAAAAUG